UUACGACGACGAUUGAGUACGAAAAGUGAGAAAGAAACGACGGGACAUAAAGAGAAAACGAAUAAUCGAACAAUAAUCGUGUACGUGCGUUGAGUGCAAACAAAAUUUGGAUCGAUCCAAGAUCGACAAAUUAUAUUAUUUAGUGAUAUAAGAACGGUGAUCGGCGUGGAAGAGUGUGCGUGAAGAUGAAGCAGCCGCUGGCAGAUUUGCCGGCACGGUGUCGGUGUUGAGACACUGGACCCGGUCUCUGUGUCCGGGCGUGUCUUCGGCAUCGAGUCCGAAAUCGGCACCGGCUACAGCCGAUAUGAGUUCGAAAUUCAUAAUCGAUAGUAUGCUACCUAAGUACCACCAACAGUUCCAUCAUCAACAGUUGUUCUCGAGCGCGAACCCCGGCACGAUCCAGGCGUGUACGACAAGUCCGGCCACCGCAAGUUUAGAAUCGAGUUUAUCCGCGGCUGCAGUCGCGGCCGCGGCAGUGAAUUACGCGCAACAGCACAAUUCUCCUAGCCCGACGGGCUCGAGUCCACAGCACUCAGGAAGUUCAGCCUCUACGUCACCGGCUGCACGUACCACCUCUAGCAUGUAUCCAUACGUAUCGGCGGCAGCGGCGCACCAUCAUCAUCAGCAACAACAAGCGGUAGCGGCAGCGGCCUUCGGUGCCACGUCCAGCAUGGUGCCAGGCUUCGGUUCGACCGCGGCUUCGAGCGCCGCGUUGGCCGCGGCCGCGGCUGUCGACGCCGCCACCGCCGGUGACAAAUCUUGCCGUUAUACCGCCAGUCUUACCGGAAAUGUCGCACCAACGUCCGCCGAUCCCAUGGUAAAUUAUACCCUUGGUCAUCAUCAUCAGAACGGCGCUACACCUGGUAGCCUGGUCUCGUCCGCGUCAGCCUCGUCGGCAGUUUCCGCUGCAUCCGCCUCCAUGGCUGCAGCUGCACAAUUCUAUCAUCAGGCCGCCGCUGCAUCGGCUGUCGUUGAUCCUUUGACAUCAUGCCAACAACCUACCACCGGACAACCCGGCAUCUCGGACAUACCGCGAUAUCCAUGGAUGUCAAUCACCGAUUGGAUGAGCCCGUUCGACAGAGUCGUGUGCGGGCCGAACGGUUGUCCGAGGCGUAGGGGUCGACAGACGUACACACGGUUCCAGACGCUGGAGCUGGAAAAGGAAUUUCACUUCAACCAUUACCUGACGCGACGGCGACGAAUAGAAAUUGCGCACGCCCUUUGCCUCACGGAACGACAGAUCAAGAUCUGGUUCCAAAAUCGGCGGAUGAAGCUGAAGAAGGAGUUGAGGGCGGUGAAGGAGAUCAACGAGCAGGCCAGGCGGGAACGGGAGGAACAGGACAUGAUGAAGAAGCAGCAGGCUGAGAAGCAAGCGAAGAUACAGCAGGAGCAGCAGAACGCCGCGCUGCAGCAUCAGCAGCAACAUCACGUGAGCGGUCUCGACAAGACGCAGAGCGAUCUUCUGAAGGCGGUCAGUAAGGUGCCCACAUAGGAGACUUUGCUAAGCCGGUUGUCUUUCUUUUAAAGAAGAAACAAGAGACUGGACGCAGCAGCCUAGACGCAUACAUCGAAGCGAAGUAGCUGAUAAGAGGUUGGCCAAACGUGUAGAGAGACAGAGAGAGAGAGAGAGAGA